CAACACCCCAGCUCCACCGGGAAUCCAGUUGUAACUUGCGUUCUCCAGAUACAAAACACACUGGCCUCGUUCCACCGUUCAAAAUCCACAAUGACUGACCAUGUGCUUGAGGUCGCUGAGACCAUUCAAACUGCCUCUAUCGUAUCGCACCCGUCUGCCGCCCACGACAUCAAUCCGUCCACCGCAGCCUCGGAAAAGCAACCCGUCGUUGCAGCCCCGGCUUCCGAUGCUGGCAGCCUCUCUUCGGACAUUGUUGAUCCAAGUCGCGUAAUCCGACCCAUUCGUCGGCGUCAGACGCUUCCUCCUUUGCCCGAUUUGCGCUUUGAGCAGAGCUAUUUGGCUAGCUUGAAAGAUGCCGACACCUGGGGUCGGGUAGCGUGGAUUACCGUCAGGGACCAGGUCCUCCUCCCUCUCAUCCAAGGCACAGUCUGGACACUCGCGCUCUCCGGUUGGCGCUUCUGGAACCGCAAUGCCUCGCUCAGCGGACACACGCUAGGAAGCAGAAUCCGCAGGUGGUGGUACGGUGUCAACAACUGGAAAGUGCCCCCAGUGGGCUGGACCAAGGAUCCAAAGCUGGCUUCUCACGUUGAAGAGGAGUUUCUGCAGUUCUACGAGGCCCAGUUCUCCAACGCUGGUUCUGACUGAUUCAUCGUAACUCCGAGAAUUGAAUUCUCUCGGUCCCUUUGAGGAACUCUUUAUUGUCUUACUAGCAUCAGUGGCGUUGUGUUGUUUUUUGUCUUCUUCCGUUCUAUAUCCCAACAUCUUAGAGUGUCUUAUCAUCCUUUUUUUCGUCGAAGUUGUGUAUCUGGAUCAUGUUUACUAUCAAAAAAUCAGUACAUUCUCCGACUACCUUCAAAUUGCAUUUUGUAAACCAGACCAAUGGUUUCAGCUCGGACUCUGAGCUUGUUAUCAUGGUUUUCAUAUUGGUUUCUAUCUACCGCACCUGAAUUGACCAACGGGAAGCGAAGCGAAGCGUUAUACCUCCAUUCUAAGCAAACUGCGUAUAAUCCUCAAUCAUUGGAGUAGACAACAUUAGACCUGUGCCGGCCUAUCUGACAAAGUAGAGAUAAUUAAAAGCCGCUCAGUUGGUCGGCGGCUCUGUACACGAGUCAGCUUGGAGCUGAAUCAAUACUCAGCACCGGGAUGAGACCCAUUCCAGCCAUUUGAAGCGACUGGCUGGGCAGUCUUUGGUGCUUCUGACGGCGUGGGGGCGGGGUGAAUUGGUGGUUGAGCAGCAGGCUCUGGGGUGUUCAGGAGCGCAGACAUAGGUAGUGCGGUCACCUUGGGGGCUGCUGGCUGAGCAGGCAUCUGAGGUGCUGGCACCGAAGCGAAAGUCGGUGCAGUCACGGACGGAGCUGCUGCAGGCUCUGAUGCUCGGAUAGGCUGCGCUGUUUCUUUAGAAACAUAUGUUUCGUGAGAUCGGCCAGCUUGCUCAGCAUCUUCCAUUAGAGCAUCCUUUGCUGGAGGAGGCUCGUCUGGAUCUUUAGGUCCACCAGACGAAUUGCCCUUGCUGUAUCGAAGUUGAACCACGAGGCUUCUGGGCUCCCCAUUGACGAUGGAUUCAUCCCCGCUCGCAUCCUCUCCUUCGUCGUCGCCCUCGAAAUCAUUUUCCUCCUCAUCUUCACCGUCCCAUUCGUUUCCACUGUCGUUGGAACGAGCUUCCGACUCGUCAUCUAGGUCAUCAAAGCCGUACCCUGAAUAGCCGUUAGGAUGAGUCGAUGUCCGACUCCUUUGCGGCCUUGCGCCAUCUUCUUCCUCAUAUUCAGAGUCCUCGCGCUGGCCACUGAGCAAUGAUUCGCCGUACGCGCCGCCGGCCCGGGACCUGACUUGGCGGCCACUCGCAGUGAAUCGUGGACGCGAAGGUUCAGCUGCUGUCACACCGGAUGAGUUCCUAGCUGAUCGUCUAGUAGGUUGAUCAUCUGAAAAAAUGUCCUCGUCGUCAUCGUAGGUGUACUUCAACUUUUUGCCACGGGUGCGGCCCUCAUACAAAGAGAACCCAGGUUCUGGUCGGGCGAAUGCGGCCUUGCGUGCAAGACGGUAAUCGCGGCGCUUG